AAGUCAUGUUACAUUAUUUAGUAUCAAAAAAAUUUCUCGCAAGGAUAUUGUGGUUUGCAAUAUUGGAAAUAAACUGCGUCCUUACCCAAGAAUGCAUCAGCAAAGACUAUGGAAACGGGGGUACUAUCUGUGUUUGUACUGACCAUCACUGCGAUACUGUCCCAUCACUAGGAAAGAUACCGUUAAAUUCUUACGUAACUUAUACUUCUAACAAAGAUGGUCUUAGAUUUAAGAAAACCGUACAAAAAUUUAAGAUAACUCGUACACAACUCCCGAAGGGGUACCACUACCAAGAAUGCCUAUCAGAGAUUCAUCACGAGUAUGAAAUCUGUGGGGAAAAUCAGAACAAAAACAAAUAUUCAGGUAUUUAUAAAAACUGGGAUCCAUCUCCAUCCAAGAGUAUAAUAAUUGACAGAUCCAAGACAUUCCAGGAAAUUUUAGGAUUCGGCGGGGCGUUUAGUGAUGCAACUGCAAUUAAUAUUAAAACAAUGUCUGUUUCACUUCAGGCUCAGUUAUUGAAAUCUUAUUUUUCUGAAGAUGGGAUAGAAUACAAUUUAUGUAGAGUACCUAUGGGAGCUACAGAUUUUUCGACACACGUAUAUUCUUAUAUCGACAGCAAUACAAACGAAGUUAAUUGCAUUGAUCCUGCACUUGGUAAUUUCAAAUUAACAAAAGAAGAUCUUUCAUAUAAGAUUCCUGUAAUACUGGAAGCCAAUCGAUUGUCGAGUAGAAAAUUACAAUUGUUCACAUCAACUUGGGUGGCUCCCAAACAUUUCAAAGAAAAUAAUAAUUAUAGAGGAUCGAUGGGUUUCAUCAAAAAGGGUUUGUAUCAAUUAUGGGCGGAUUAUUUUCAAAAAUUUUUAGAUUGUUACAAAGAUAACGGUGUUAAUUUCUGGGGUAUAACGACCGGUAAUGAACCUUAUGUAGCGAAUGUACAAAUGGAGGGUAUACCUGGUGUUUUAUGGUUUCCGGACGACCAUGGCCAAUGGAUCAGAGAAAAUUUAGUGCCAACACUUCGAAACUCUGUGCACAGAAAUAUUAAAGUUAUAACUCUCGAUGAUCAACGACCACUGCUUCUUGCGGUUCUUCCUAAAACGUUGACAAACGGAACGGAACACUGCGUACAUGGUGUUGGGUUGCACUGGUACUUGGACCAGGACAACAAUACUUAUUUGUUGGACGAGUUUCAUCAACGUUAUCCUAAUUUGUUCUUAUUGGCCACAGAAGGUUGUGAAGGCGACUGGGUAAAUAACAUCAGGCUAGGAGCUUGGGAUAGAGCCGAAAGAUACGCUUGGGACAUCGCUCAGGAUCUAAAUCAUUGGGUAACGGGCUGGGUAGACUGGAACAUGGUACUCGAUUUAGAUGGAGGUCCAAGGGUAGCUGGACCAGUCGAUUCGCCUAUAAUUUUUAAUAAAACAGCUAACGAAUUCUAUAAGCAACCGACCUAUUAUGCUUUAGGACAUUUCUCCAAAUUCAUACCAAGGGGAUCUGUCAGAAUAUAUACCACUCAAUGCGAUGGUGAUGAUUUGACUGAUAUUGUUGCUUUUAAAAGGCCUGAUGGGUUAAUUGUGGUCGUAUUCGUUAAUAGGGGUGAUCAUCAAGUACGAAGAGUUUUUAUAGACAUUAAGAGAGGUGAAAUUGAUAUUUCUGCUUCUCCACACUCUAUAACAACAAUUUUAUACUAAUAAAUAAUGUACUGAGUGUUUUAAUUAAUAAAAAAAAAUAAAUAUAAAUGAGAGUAUACACAAAAUUAUAAAUAAGAAUUUCGUAAAAAAAUUAAAAAUUGUGGAUUAUAUGUCUUCAAUUCCUUCAAAAAAAUAAUUAUGGAG